UGAACAGCCUGAACAAACCCUCCUCUUCUCUGAGCUCUUUACUGUUGCAGUCUUUAUACAGUAGCCAUAGCUAUGUGCUUUGCUCCUGUCAGGCACCAGCUUUGACCCAUGACUUUGUUCCUCUCCUGUGAAGAGCCAGGAAAAUACAGUCGUGUGGCUAGAUGGGAUUCUUUUCGGUCCCUUCCACGGUUUUGUGAGUGUGUGUGGCUUUUUGUGAUGCUGCCUGAGCAGAGGAUGGUCCAUCAUGGCUGGUAGCAAAAGGAACGGGCCAUGAGGGGUUGCACCUCCUGGUGUGAUGUGCGAUGAUUAUCCAAGGCUGCAGGGCAGGGAGAGCUGAGUUCUGCUGUGAGUGUGACAUCCUCUCUGCCAACUGGAUCACCGCUGCGGUUUCUGACGGUGAUGAGUAAAACAAGGGUUAAAGCGGGUUCGCCCAGAUUGAAAUGGUCCCUGUGAACAGAGCAACUGUGUAACGGCAGCUAGUACUUAUCUGUGUAAAACCAGCUGCAAACCCGCUGUGAGCUGCCACCACCUUGACAGAUGCGCUGUGCUGCCUUCAAGAUCCUGCACAGAUGUUCCUCGUCCACCCGACAGGAAGCUUCGUCGAGCCAAGAUUAGCUUACUGAAGCCACCAACAGCAGUGAUUUUUUUUUCAAAGCUUUCCAGCUAUGCAGUGAAGAUCUGCAGCAAAGAAGCAGCUAUUUUUUUCCUCUCCGUGAAAGGUUAUAAAUGAUUAGCCCUUAUGACCAACAUGAGCUGGAGUUUUCUCACCCGUCUGCUAGAAGAAAUUCACAAUCACUCCACUUUUGUGGGGAAGGUCUGGCUCACUGUGCUGAUCGUCUUCCGUAUCGUCCUGACAGCUGUCGGAGGGGAGUCCAUAUACUCAGAUGAACAGAGCAAAUUCACGUGUAACACCAAGCAACCAGGCUGUGACAAUGUCUGCUACGAUGCCUUUGCACCGCUAUCACAUGUCCGGUUCUGGGUCUUCCAGAUCAUCAUGAUCUCAACCCCUUCCAUCAUGUACCUGGGCUAUGCCAUCCACAGGAUCGCUAGGUCCUCCGAGGAGGAGAAGAGGCUUAAGGUACUCAAGAAGAAGAAGAAGCAGUUUGCUUUGAACUGGCAGGCCGUCCGUAACUUGGAAGACCCUUUGGAAGCAGACGAAGAGGAGCCCAUGAUCUCCGAUAACACGGUGGAAAAUGAGGAGAAAGCCAAAGCAAACAAGAAGAGCAAGGAGCAGCAGAAGCACGACGGGAGGAGACGCAUCCAGCAAGAAGGGCUGAUGAAGAUUUACGUCUUCCAGCUCAUUGCCAGAGCUUCAUUUGAAGUUUGUUUCCUGGUUGGGCAGUAUUUUCUCUAUGGCUUUGAGGUGGAAGCAUAUUUUGUCUGCAACAGAGCCCCUUGCCCUCACACCGUGGACUGCUUUGUGUCAAGGCCGACAGAGAAGACCAUCUUCCUCCUGGUGAUGUAUGUUGUGAGCUGCCUGUGUCUGUUGCUCAAUAUGUGUGAAAUGUUCCACUUGGGGUUUGGGACCAUUAGAGAUGCCAUUCGCAACAGAAAGAUUAAUAGUUUCAGGCAGCCUCCAUACAACUAUUCCUAUUCGAAGAAUAUCUCCUGCCCUCCCGAGUAUAACCUAGUCGUGAAAUCGGAGAAGCCAGCAAAGGUCCCAAAUAGCCUGUUGGCCCAUGAGCAGAACUUGGCUAACGUUGCUCAAGAACAACAGUGCACAAGCCCAGAUGAGAACAUCCCGCCAGAUCUGUCCACCCUUCAUAAACACUUGAGAGUGGCCCAGGAGCAGUUAGACAUCGCAUUCCAGAGCUACAGUGCCACUCAGGCCAACACGCAGCCUUCCAGAACCAGUAGCCCACCUUCAGGUGGGACGGUGGUAGAACAGAACAGGGUCAAUACUGCCCAUGAGAAACAAGGUGCUAAACCCAAAGCCAGUUCAGAAAAAGGUAGUUCUAGCAGCAAAGAUGGAAAGAGUUCUGUAUGGAUAUAAUUAGGUGCUUGACCAUAACUCACAGACAGGGCAAUGUAAGUAAGAGUGUGGGUUUAUUCCAGCAUUGUCUAGAAUUCAAUUCACAGAGCACAGGCAUAAUUUGUAUGUGGGAGUAAAUGUAGCUGAAGGAUGAGUUGUUUCAAACGUUACAUUUGAAUAAUGUCUUCUGGUGUGUUAACAAAGAGACUCCCUUUCUUGCCUAGUCCAUAUUCUCUCUGGGAACCUCCAUCGAGCUAAACUGUAUGGUCCCCCCCGCCAUGCCCCGGCACUGCUUAGGGAUGGGAGUAACAGUCUUUCUUCUUAUGUCACUCACUAGCUAUUUGCCCAGGAUGACCCACUGCAGGCUCUCUGCGACAGAGACUGGACUGACAAGCGAGCAGGUUGGCGGGAAGGGGACUCUGUUAAUCAUUCAGAAGAAAAGUCUUGACUACCCUGAGCAACUCAUGUCCUGCAUCGUGAGGCUAUAGUACUGUACUUGUGUUGAGAAGGGUUUAAUUACUAAAUGUCCUUCCUCAAAUUAAUCUGAAUUCCUCCGUUAAAGGGGAAAACGGUGACAUGUUGCAUAAACUGCCACGAUCCACUAGCAUGGCUUGUUUCCUGCCUGGAUUCUUACAUGCACUAACAAGCAGUCAUUGGAGAUGAACGCAACAGAGAUUACAGCCGUGAGUUCUAACCAUGCAUUAACGGAACAUGAAGACUGUCAGAAGCACAGUAGCCAUAUUUUAAACAAUGUACAAAACCCUGAGUUAUUAGCGUUGAGGUAAAUGUUGUAUCCUUUUCUUCCCCCAAUCAGUGUUGAACUGCAAAGCAAAUGGGAUCAAAUGCUAUGUAGCAUUUGCAGUCAAUUUGCACUGUAACGAUGCUGCAGUGUAGCGUUCAUCCCAGAGCUGGUGGGAAUUGCAGCAGUUUAUGUUUUUUAACACUGCUACUGCACAUCUUAAGCAAAAGUGCCUUUAAGCAACCAGGAAAAUGAAAUUUGAAGUUUCUAAUGUCUGUGUUAACUCUUAGUAGAGAUCAGAAGACCAGUGCUGACAAAUUUUGUUAUCAUGUACUUUUGUUUUAAUCAAAAGCUUAUAAAUAGUUGCAGCCAAAUAGAUCAAUGCAUAGUGUGUACAGUGUGUGUGUGGAGACAUAUAUUUAAGUACAUAUACACACACAUCUGAAUGUUAUGUGUGAGAUACAGAUAUAUAUAAUGUAAUAUCAAUCCCACGAUGAUAUUUACAACUUCCCGCCCCCACCAAAAAACCACCAGCUCAGAAUGGUGGCUGAUUUUUCUCUCUUAGAGGUCAAAUGGCCAGCCCUUGGGCCAGAUCCUCAGCUCGUGUCAGUUGGUUCAGCUUCGUUUAUUUCAUCUGACCCAACCUGAGACUCUGCCGACUUGGCUUUAAUGGGGACAGGAGAGGGGCCAUUCCCAAAAAGCACUCGUCUGCAAAUCCCCCUUGCCUUGCUCACACGACUAGUUCCACUGGACUUGUGUACACCAGGUUAUUUUGGCUAAAGUUUACCACCAGAGAUACCCACAAUGCAAUACUAGUGCAGACCAAGUCUAUGCAACAUGGUGCUUAACAAUGCCAGUGGCCGCUGGCACCUUGUCUGCGCUAGUUCUGCGGGAGAAAGUGAACCGAUGGUGGGAGAAGUGGGGAAAUCUUAAGAAAAGAAGCCCAGUUUAGACACCACCAUUGACUUCCAUGAGGCUAUUCAUGUCAGUAAGGCAAGCAGGGUUAGGACCCUAAACACAGCAUGGCUCCAGCUAGAAGGGUUUCAAACACUCUCUGUCAGAAAUACUUUGGCAAUGUAUUUUUUUCAUCAUUGCCAAAGUAAUUUUUUUUCACUUGUACAAAACUGACUGUGUCUGUGGCUUUGUUGUGAAUUAACUCCAGUAAUGAGCAGAAAUGUAAUCCUGACCGCUGGGAACAUGGCUGGGUGAUUUAUCGGCCUGGGUGUCAGUGGACGUGCUGAAGUAAAAAAGUAAAUAAAUAACUGCCCCAUUUUUGCUCACGGAGAGCCUGAUCCUGCCAGGUGCCUAGGUGUCCUCAAUUCCUACUGUGGCUUUGCAGGAUGCAUUCAGGAGCUUCCAGGAUUAGACCCAUAAAUCUCAGACCACGAUAAACCUCUAAAGACUCUGAACGAGCAGAGCACUUAAGAACAUGCUUAACUUUAAGCAAGUAACCAUGUGGGCCGACUCAUGCAGAAGUGCUGUAUUCAGUCAGGGCCUAAGAAGGCACUUCUGAAAGCUCUACAGCAUCAUCAGUGAUAGUGACAGAGCAAAUGAUUGUUUUCAGAGAAAUACAGUGACAAGCUCAUGAGAGCUUCUGGCAAAAAUGUUUAAUAUAUUUUGCUUAGCCACCUAUAAAGUACUUUAGGGUUUGAUCCUGUUCCCACUGGAGGACAUCUCCUGGAAGCAGAAUCUGCUCCAUGUGAUUGUUGAAAAUGACUGAGUGACUCGAAGGAACUGAUCACAAAUCAUCAGUUCUGUUUAAAGCAAUGCAGCUUUAUUCUGCUGCCCGACAGGGCACGUGUAGUGGAUUUCCUCAGCAGGAUAGGUCAGGAUUACUCCAUGGGUCUGUCUUAGGGAAGAGCUCACUUAGCAGUGAGUUUUGCACAAAAGGCUCCUAAUAUUUACAACAUGGUGGGGGUGGAAGAAACAUAUCGGUGUGCUCCUCCUGGCUGAGUCCUUUCUCUUUGCCUCAAGGAACAACUUUGCAUUUUGCAUGGAGUUAAAUUAUUCCUCCUAAACGUGGGACAUACCUAAAAACUAAGAGGGUCUGCUUGAUAAUGGUGGGUUCCAUUAAAAAUUAAAUGUGCUGCAGAUCCCUUGACCCUGGUACAUAUUCUGAACAGGAACGAUGCCAUGAAGUCAGGCCCACAUCUGGGAAGUGGUUUAUGCUUUAUGCUGCCCAGUGUGGACGUUUAUACUGCGUAUCUAUGUGAAUCUCCCUUGUUUAGCUUUGGCCCUGUGCCCCCCACAGGCAAUUAACAUGAUGACCCUGAUGGAAGCUCUGAGUAGACUGAAGGUUGGAUGCUGCAUGUUUUUUUCCUUAGCAAUGACUCACAAUGCAGCAGGCCCAUUGAAACGUGUCCCCCUGGAGCAGAGCAGUGACUCUGCUGCAUGGGGGAAUUUGGGUUGUAUGUUUAUCCUGGUUAUAACAGCAAAACAGCCUCUAGCCCUCAGCACUUCCUGAACAAUUCCUGCUGGGUGUAAUUGACCCUAGGUUUCCACUGGGCUCCUCAGCUAGUCAUUAAUCUUCAGGGAGUGUUCUGUGUGCCUCGGUUGUUGUUUAAUUCAGUCCUGCUUUGAUUGGUGUCGCUGGACCGAGAAUAGCCAGCCAGAGAAACAGAGCCAGCCCCUUGGCUCUGACUUUAUUUGUAAGGGUGGCUAAUGCCAAGCAUUUGCCCAGGAGGCAGAGAAACAAGCUUUAAAUCAGACAUCUCAGAGUCCAUCACAUAAGCUCGCUCUAAUAAAUGUAUAAUCGGUCCUUAUUGUUUAUUAUAUUAGGAAGGGAUGCACAACCGCUUUGGGUCUGUGCAGGCCUUGUGAACCCUGCCCUCCCUGCAGCCACCAUCCCUAGGGCUAAGGACCGUCAGCGAGUGCAGGAUUUUGCUGUUAAUACUCUCUUGUCGGUUCUAGUCUAACCUCCUUUCUGAGUGGUCUAUAAUUAUAAUGUCUCAUCACCCAUGCCUAAUGCUGUACAAAGAGCUAAUUAACCCUCAACACGCCUGGAAGGUAACUAUUAUUAACCCCACUUUAUCCAGCAUGGUUAAGAUGCUUACCCAAGGCAUCCAGCGGGUUAGUGUCAGAGACAGGAUUAGACUGCAGCGGUUCCAAGUGUCAAGCCCCACGUUCAAGCUGUUGGCUCCAGUUCACCUGUUUUAGGCAGUCAAUAUGUGGCAUACAUGUUUUCAGCGUAGAAACGUUUUCAGUUACAAAACGAUUGUGUCGGGCACGGGGGCUGGUUUCGUUUCGUUUCCUGGCUUCACUUGCUGUGGUGAGAAGCAGAUGACUUGAGAGCCGUGAAUGAGGACUUGCUUGUGAUGCCUUGUUAAAAAGGGAGUGAGUUAAAGAUGAGAUUUCAGAAGCCUCUCUGAAUUUCCUGACCCUUCUGGGUAGCCUACGCCAGGUACUUAGUGUUACCAUGGUGGUCAAUGAGCUGUAUUUCUGCAGGAGGGACACCAAAUUAUCGCCCAAACUAACAGGCAGGGAAGUUGGGCCCUCAGUACCUAUUGAAUGUCUCAGUGUGUGAUUCUCCUUAUCCCCCAUUCCACACCAUCAGCAUAACGGGUCAGAUGAUGAUUGCGAGCGUGUCACCGUUGUACACAAUAGUCCAAAUUCUGUCCUGAUUCAUUUGCUACCACAGUCAGGUGAACCCGUACAAUCAGUAAAGUUGCAUGGGGCAUAAGAUGGGGCAGAACGUAACCCAACAUUUUCCAUAUGCCCCUAUGCAGCUACAGGGCAGUGCUGAACAGCAUGCCUGUGGGGCUAGGCAGUGGCAAUGUGAUAACAGUAGAUUGCGGAAUCCUGGCCUCAUUCAAGUCAACAGGAGUCUUCCCAGUGACUUCAGUGGGGGGAAGCAUUUCACCCAAAAAAGUUUGAAGUCACAUCUGGGGCCAGUGCUGGCUCAUUUCUUGCAGCACCUUGUCCAGGGCUCCGUCCAUUCUAGAAUUAACUUGUAAAAGACCCGAGCAUGGGGCUUCCACCACCUCCCUUGAGAGAAUAUGUCACUGUCUUAGAGCAUUCAGGGUUAGAUUUGUUUCCUGCUAUUCAGCCCGUAAGGUAGCCGUGACCUAGUGGUUGGUGAUAAAACUGAAUCAAGAGACCUGUGUGCUGUUCCCGACCAUGCUGAUAAUCUCUGUGACCUUGGUUGAGUCACUUCCCCUUUCCUUAUCUGUAAUAUAGGGCUGAUAACGUUUACCCACCUUGGUAAAGCACCUCGAGACCUGCAGGUGAAAAGACACGCUGUGUGUUGCACCUCUGCAGAGCUUCUCUAACCUCCAGCAGCCUUGCCGGUGCUGCCGUUGGGAUGAUCCACAAGCCCAAAUCUCUGUAGCACUCAGUGGUAUGGAGGAUUCCCUUUCAACUCACAGCCAGCGCAGCAAGAGUCUCAUACUAGGGGCUGAGAGGAGAGGAGCCUAGGCACACUUAGAGCUGCUCUUACACUAGGGGAAUUCUUCCCCAGUCCCUUUGACUCAAUUACAGCUCUUAUUUGCCAUGGGAGCAGCAUGUAGGAGCCAAAGCAAGGGACAGAAUUGGCCCGGAGAAAUGUACAUUAGUAUUAUUAUGUGAUGUUGCUGAAUGCCCUCCCGCUACUCCUUUCACAUCCCUUGGGGCCCUCCCAAGCUGUGUUCCCUCUUUUGCUGGUUAUACCCUCUAAGGCCUUCAGAGGUCAUCAUUGCACCAGGCUACCGGGAUUUAAUACUGCCUCGCAAAUGAAUCUAUGCCGAUCUCAAAAAAGAAUUCCCAUUUUUUAAUGGGAAGGAGAAAUAUUAGGAGGUACAAUAAACAUAACCUUCUUAAACAAUGUGGCAAAAAGCUGAGUCCCAGAUUAGGUAAAAAUCCAUCAGGAGCUAACCAUCUAACUGCUCAGACAAUUGCAACUAAUUCACAUGCAGCUUCCUUCUUGAACAUGAUCACUAUAUGGGAUGGGUUUAAUGCUUCGCUUGUUUUACAGGUUAGUUGUUUCAUUCCCAGAGCAGAUGGGUUCGUUGUGUAGUUUGUUUAAUUCUAAAUGCUGAAUAUAUUCACUAAAACAUGUCAGAUAAAGUGCUCGUCUUUUUUAUUCAGGGCCUGGAAUGUCCCAGGUAGAAGCCAAAUUACCUUGUUGCUUGCAUUCCAUUCCACUGGAAAAUACUUGAACUUAACUAAAGGCCAUAACAAGUCUGUGCUGUUACAGAGUUUCUGGGAGGUUUUGUACUAACUGUAUUUGUAUUUGAAACUUUUUGCAAAUGAAAUUGAACCUGUAAAUAUUUUUCAGUGUAAAUGUUACAUCUGGAAUGUAGUUAGAAUGUUACAUAUAUUUGUCAACAAAACAAACCCCAGCUCUUUGGAUAUUCAAUUUCCAAUACCAAUAACAUGGAAUAAAACAUACAUAUUGUUUACAGUA